UCCUCGUGCCUUGGACGCGGUCGUAGUCCGAUCUUGAUUAAGUUCACUUUACGCGUGAUCUUAAGUGAUCUUAUGGGAUUCCGUCCAAUAAAAGCGAACAUAUAGUACCUCAAGAUUUUAUAUUUAAGAUUGUGUUUAAAUAUUUUUAAGAUACAAUACGAAUAUAAUUAGAUAUACAAUCUUAAUUAUACGAACAUAUUCUUUAUCUCUUUCCUCUUUGCUCGUGCAAAGGUCAAAGUUUCGCGGGGGAUGCAUGAUUUUCGAAAGGAUUUUCCGGCAAAUUGCAAAUAAAUGGAUUAAUUACUUUCUAAUAAACGUAAAUAAUUUAUUAAAACCGACUGUCGCGGUGGAAACAAAAAUAAAUUGUCUAAUUUGAUCUGAAAAUUUUGCCAAGCUUUCAAACGCGGCAAAGGCAGCCGCCGCGACAGUGCGACUCGGGUCGCGUGACUCACGUGCCGCUCAGUGACUCGAAAGCGUUAGCGUUCUCGCGUUGGCGGUACUGUUGGCGGCAUAAGUUAACUGCACACGUCUCGCGAGAGCCGUAGCUGUUUCCCUCGGGCUCUACUUCCUUUCGCAUUAUCUGCGUCACAGCGAACGAAUUGCGGAUCUCGAUCAGGAUCGGUCAACUUAAUCCGGCCGUCAUGUUGAAAGGUUCUCAGGAGGAGACGAUCCGCCAGAUCAACGAAGCGCAGAUGGAGUUGAAGAUCAGACUCGAACAGGUGUCGAGGCUGCGUAUUGACUGCGGGAGGCUGCAGUUGGAACUACUAAAGCUCUACAAGCCGCGAUGUUUGGGGAUAUUGGAAAUGUUGCGGGACGUUUCCGCGCCAGCCGACGGCCGUUCCUUCGACCGUAAUGGCGACGCUAUCGAAUCGUGCAACGACCAGGGUAACGAAGUCCUUCGCACGAGUGAAGACGUAUCGAGGAAAUCUGCGACGUCAGGGCAAGACCAGAUCAUCGCAGCUGACCACCGCGAAUCCGCUCCGGUAUUCAUGGAAAAACUCCUCGAACUUAAUAUCAAAACUCAUUGAAUUUAAAAUUAUACUGGUGAAGGAAGAAGGAAGGGAGUGGGGAAGAAUCAAGCAAAGAGUAAUAUUUAUAGAUAAAAGAAAAAGUGGUAUAUAGAAGGAAGAAAGUCGUAAAGUAUAGAAAAAAGUUUUCUCAUCUUUUAAUUAAAAUUCCGAAUAAGAUCAAGUAAAAUGAAGUAAAUAGAGAAGAUAUUGUAAUAAAGUAUAUAAUAAAACAGGCACAUAAAUUAAAUGCACAAAAAUUACAUUGCGCAGCGAUGCGUCCUUUCCCUCCGGGGGGAGGAUCAAUAGACGUGAAGUAACGUUUCCUAAAGAGAUUACUCGCAAAUUACAUUUGCGUAAAUCGCGCAACGCGUGGCGAGUUCGUCUCGAAUUCGUCGUGGAGCGAUUUCUUCUCUCGUCUUGGGAAAGACGAGAGAAGAAAUCGUUCAGAAUGUUAGCAAAA